AUGAUAUUAAUAUUUGCCAUAUUCAUUGUCAUUUUAAAUGCUGUAAUUGAUCCUAUCAUUGUUGAAAAUUGCAAAUGGGGACCAACAUAAUACAAUAUAGGUCAUCAAAAUGAAGCUACCAAAGAAAAUGUAGAAUUCACUUAUUUCACAAUUUACAAGUUUCUGAAUAAUAAACUAGUCAUUGACUAUUUCAAUGUUGAUUCGUACAAUCUCUUUUCAAUUCAUUGAUGCUCCUUUGAAUGAGUGUAAUGACCAAUUAUAUAAACAUGAUGUAGAUGAAUUUUACAUAGGGACUAAGAAAGAAUAUUACGUAAUUGAUGUCUCACCAAAUGGAGCUUUGGCGUAUUCAACUAAAAUCAAUCCUAAUGAAAAUUGCUCCAAUAUAAUAACCACUUAUAGAUAAUGUGACGAGAUAUCCUAUUUUGCUGAAUUUUUCACACCAACUGCAUGGAAUGCUCAUAUAGAAUUGCCCAUUUCUAUGUUUACCUAACCCAUAUAUGCCAAUUUCUUUAGAGCAAAUAAGAUGAAGGAUAACUCAACUCAUUAUAUGAGUUACAAUCCUAUCAAUUCAUCACCUGUUUGCUUCCAUAGACCAGAUAAAUUCAUUUAAUUGAUAGUGUGA